AUGCCAAGGAUUUCAAACGAAAUCGAUCGACUUGUGUCUACACACAAGCCGUGUGUGCUGGAGCCCGUUGAUCACUCAGAAUGGGCAGCAGCCAUCGUCGUCGUUCAAAAAAAAAAAGGAUCGAUCCGCCUCUGCGCAGACUACUCAACCGGACUGAACGACGCACUGGAACAAAACCAGCAUCCGCUUCCAAACCCAGAGGACACUUUCACGAAACUCAACGGAGGACGCUACUUUUCACUGCUCGACUUAGCAGAAGCAUAUCUCCAAUUGGAAGUGAACGACGUCUCAAAGCAGCUGCUCACUAUCAACACGCACCGUGCACUGUAUCGCUUCAACCGACUACCAUUUGGAGUGAAACCAGCUCCUGGUAUUCCAACAAUGUAUGGAUGCUCUUAUCGCUGGAUUAGAUGGAACUGCCGCCUAUCUCGACGACAUAUUGGUUACUGGUAG